ACAUCGCGUCUUCUGAACAGUGUGGAUUCGAUUGGAUUGUGCAUUCUGUGAGUGGGAGAAUAAUUGAAGGAAAAAAAUAAAGUAAAUGAGAUUGUGAUUACUGUUAUUGUGUGGAUUUAGGUCUUUUUUAUUUUUGCUAACCGUAUCAGCAGUAAUUUCGUAACGAUCAUGGGAAAAGUUCGAAAAAAGUCAACCGAGUGUUACGAAAGUGCGUGAGAUGAAAAGUGCAAGGUGAAAACGGAAGAGCAAGCGAACAACACUGAAAAUGGAUGGAAAAUAGUGCUGUUUCUUUUCUGAAUUUAAUUCUUCCUGCCUGAGUCGGGACGCAAGCGAGCGAACAACAAAAUAACAAACACAACGGGUAAAAUAAUGGCUGGUGGUGGAGCAAUCAGUCGCCGUUUGUGAAACUCCACAGCCGUCGGUGCUGCAACGGAACGUUGAAAUCCACGACAACGACGACGACGUCGACGACUUGAAUUCGUCUGUGUGUAAGUGUUUCUGUUAGCAUUUUUGUGUUACACUAGUGUGUUUAAUGCACUGUGCCCGCGAUCGUAAUAAUCCGGUAAUACGUCACGAUAUUUAUUGGAGCCUACGCUGCUGCUGCUAGCCGAAUGUGAAAGAAGUUGUGCUCUUUGUUGUGAGUUGAUGGAUGCUGGAGGCGAACGAGAGCGUGCAACUACUACAGAUGAGGAUGUUGAUGGAGCAGCAGAAAAUGGUGGAGUGAGACGAGAAGAGACCGAUCGAAAGAGUGGUUCAAAUUUUGUUGUGAAGCUCUCUGUUGGCUCUGAUUCGGUUGCAAUCUUGCAAAGUGCUGCUGCAACGGCUGUUGAUGGUGGCGAUGUUGGUCCGUAGAUGAAGUGUCGAAAGAAGAGCAAAAAUUAAAUCUGAAGAAAAAUAAGUGAGGCAAUAGAGAGGCUCCGGGCUGAAAAGAAUAGUUUUGGAAAAGUUGGUUGAAGCUGCGAAGAGUAAGGGAGAGAGUGCGAGGGAGGAAAACUUGUGGUGGAAAAGAUUGUGGAAGCAAGAAUUUAGUUGGUGCCCUGAUUGAGGGAAUGUGUUAGAGCUGAGUCAAGCAGCAAGGAACAAAACUUGUAGCAACUCUGUCGGGGACUUAUUUUCGACUGAUGAAAAGGUGUUUGAAAUAUUGCACCAGCUCCCUUCAGCAACAAAGUUAAAGAACAACUCCUCCUGGUCUGGUCUGGAUCUGGUGCCACUGACAUCCAGCCCGCAAAGAAUGUUGGAAUUGGUGCAACGACAUUUGAAGAGUAACUCCAACAAGCAGAUUCAUACGGGUAACAGCUGCAGCCGUCACCACACGGUGUCUAUCAACAAAUAGUGACGGUUGGGGGGUGGAGAAAAGCGAAGCACAUAUAGGUACAGGAUCUGAAUCGUGAACGCUGACGGUGACUGUGUAUCGCUAGAAAAUUACCAAAUGAAGAUGACAACCUCCAGUUCGGCAAACGACGGGGCCGGAGGCACGUCAAACAACAAUGCACAUCGGAAGGGACAUCGGCGAAACGAAUCCAUGUACGCGAUGACCGGUCUGUACGCGGAGGCCCAAACCGACGACAGCAGUGCGGACAUCCCGCAGGACACCGAAUCGGAAUCGUUGCCGACCUCGGUGAACACUGCCACCACGGAUACGGUGAUCAAGUGCCACAGCCGACAGCCCUCGAACAGUGUCAUGAUGAUGGAGAAGCCUCUGUCCAACGACCUGCUGGUCAACGAAGACUACUCGCGAGACUGCGGCAUUCUGACCUGUCGACCGGUGGCUAUUCAGAAGUUUGCCAGAAUAAAGGUGUUUGUGCUGUUGUUGUCCAUAUUGGUUACCCUGCAGCAAGCACUCAGUUCCGGGUACAUCAACUCGGUGAUCACGACCAUCGAGAAGCGAUUUGAGAUCCCAUCGAGCCUAUCCGGAUUGGUGGCUUCGAGCUACGAGAUUGGAAAUGUAAUCACAGUUAUCUUUGUUAGCUAUCUGGGCAGCCGGCGGCACAUUCCGGUGUGGAUCGGAAUCGGUGCCGUGAUAAUGGGCAUCGGUUCGCUGGUAUUUAUGAUACCGCACUUUACGGGGGAGCCCAAUCCGGGCAUUCUGAUUGACAAUAAAACCGCGGACAACAUCUGCCGGUUGGUGUCGGUGCGGGAGCAGGACAUGGGACUGGGUCGGUUGUCCAAUAGCCUCUCGAAUCAACCGCUCACGACGCACAACUUGAGAGGUGACAACUGUCUCAAGGGUAAAGCAUCCACGUUCGGGCCGGUGAUUCUGUUCGUGAUAGCGCAGAUUCUGCUCGGUGGAGGAGGGAGCCCCCUAUUCACGCUGGGCACCACGUACGUUGACGAUCACGUGCGGAAAGAAAGCUCCUCGAUGUAUAUAGGUGCAAUGUACAGUAUGGCUGCCUUUGGCCCGGUGCUGGGUUUCCUACUGGGAGCGUAUCUGCUGUCGUUCCACAUGGAUUCCUUCUCCGGCAGUGAUAUCAAUAUUGAUCAAGACGACCGCCGAUGGGUGGGAAUGUGGUGGGGUGGAUUCCUCGUGUGCGGUAUCCUUUUGAUACUGGUGGCCAUCCCGUUUUUCUCAUUUCCCAAGGUCCUCACCAGGGAAAAGAAGAAAAUCCGAAUUGCCGAACAGAAGCUGCCCCAGUUGCAGCAAUUAUCGGCAAACAAUUCCAGCAGCCUGACCCGGCCACCGCCCGCACAAAAUCAAUCACAGUCACAUCAACUGCAGCAGCAACAACAGCAGCAGCAACAGCAGCAGCAGCAGCAUACAAUGGGCGGCGAAAGUUGCGGCGGUGGCCAAUCGGGGCCGGGUGGAAAAUCAAACGAGGAUACCGGAUAUGGAAAGGAUAUUAAGGACAUCCCCCUGUCAAUGUGGCGUCUCGUGACCAAUCCGGUGUACAUCGUUACCUGUCUGGGAGCGUGCAUGGAGCUGAUGAUUGUUUCCGGCUUCGUCGUGUUCCUGCCAAAGUACCUCGAGACGCAGUUCAGUCUCGGGAAAAGCCAAGCCAGUGUCUUCACCGGAUCGAUUGCCGUUCCCGGCGCAUGCAUCGGGAUCUUCAUCGGCGGUUGCAUCCUGAAACGGUUCCAGCUGAAACCGAAGGGGGCGGUCCAGUUCGUUCUGAUUUCCAACGUGGUCUGCCUUUCGUGCUACGGGUUGUUGUUCUUUCUGGGAUGUGAAAAUCUCAAAAUGGCCGGAACUACCAUUCCGUACUACAACAGUUCGCCGGCACACAGCGUGGAACCGUUCCAGGUUAAUCUAACCGCAGCGUGCAAUUUCGGCUGCGAGUGCCACAUGUACGAUGUGGAACCGGUUUGCGGCAACAACGGACUGACCUACUUCAGUCCGUGUCAUGCCGGCUGUACGGCGUUCUCUUCCAGUUCCAACUAUACCAAUUGUGCUUGCGUUCAAGCGAACGUAACCAACGUGUACACCGGUGCCGAGGGAGCUCAGGCGCAAGCUCUGAACGCCCACGAAAACUUUGCCGAAGUAACCGUAGUUCCUGUGGCCACUGCCGGCGUCUGCAACAAGCCCUGCCGGACGAUCUACCCGUUCCUGAUACUGUUGUUCUUCAUGACGUUCGUCGUUGCUUCCACGCAGAUGCCUCUGUUGAUGAUAGUUUUAAGAUCGGUUUCGGAGGAGGAGCGCUCGUUCGCCCUCGGAAUGCAGUUUGUGAUAUUCCGCCUGUUCGGUUACAUUCCGGCACCCAUUGUGUUCGGCAAUCUGAUCGACUCGUCCUGUUUGCUGUGGAAGUCCACCUGCGGGGAGAAGGGCGGCCGUUGUCUGAUUUACGACAUCGAAAAGUUCCGCUACAAAUAUGUGGGCCUUUGUGCGAGUAUAAAGAUUAUUGCGCUGGCGAUAUUCAUGAUCGACUGGUGGUUGGUGCGCCGGCGGAAGAAUUUGGACAAAUUGAACCCACUGUCGGCCAACGAGUUGGUGGGAUCGAUUAUCAGUUUGGAUAAGCUGUUCGAAGAGAAGGCCAAUCUAGACGGCCAAGCGGUUCCGUUCAGUGGGGAAUGUAUAUCAGGUGAUUCGAUUGGAGAUAACAACAGCAAACGGGUUCUGAUUGCCAGCCGACAUCUACGCAAUGAUUCCAAGUCUAUUCAGUUGGAGUACAGGUACGAUGACGGCCCAGCGCAGCACUACCACCGGCCCCGGAAGCACAUCCGCAGCAAUUCCUGCGACAUCAAGAUCCAACGGUCCAACUCGGCCACCAAUCGGGAAACGGACUUCCACGAUUGGAAGCUGAAGCGCUUCAUGCGGCACCAUACGCGGAACAACUCCCGGGAUCUGGAUCAGGAACACUGCUGCCGGCAGCAACAGAACGCCACUUCCCACCUGGGUCGUUGGAUCGCCCUGCACAACAGCAGCAACGAGCAGCAACCUCCGACGUCCAACAUCCGGUACAUCCUGAAUCACCUCAAGAACAACAACGUAGACGGCCAUAGCAAGCUGAACUACAGCAACAGCUGCAGCGGUGGUGCGCCUUGCUCGGGUCCGAAGAAGAAACGUCACACGAGGAACUACUCCUAUGGGCAGGAAUUCACCUUCCUGCCGAACAAUGUCAUCAUCCGGCUGGACAAUGACAUUGCGAAUAAGUUCCUAGCGAACAACGGAGGCGGAACCAGUUCCAGCAGGAAGAGUUCCUUCUCGCACGAUGGCAAUCUGUUGAAGAACGUGAACAAACUGAACAACUGCUCCGGCGCUGCAGCUGGCGUGGGAGCCGUGAGCGAUCUGACCGAAGAGCUGGAAUCAAAGUACGCGAAGGGAUCGUCCCAUAGCUAUGGGCACUCGAGAAACAACUCCAAAGACUUGAACCUCCUGAACGCGGGUUUGGGGGAGACCAGCGGCGUCGUUGGCAGUAGCGGGAUCCUAGGGGGAAUCAAAGCCCUGAUCGAAGACUCCAACAGCAUCCUGAGGCAUCGGCGAACGAACUCGAAGGAUCUGAAGUACAGCGGCUACCAGCCGUGCGAGCCAAUCAGCAGUGCUAGCAGUUGUAGCGUAAGUAGUAGUAAUAUUAGGAAAUUGUCCGCAAGCGGAGACGGUGACCGCCAUCAUCAUCAGUUGGGUCACCAUUUGGGACAGGUGGUAACGGCGGCGACGACGGCAACGGCGACGGCGGCCCCAGCUACUGGUCAGACGGAGUCGCUACAACUGUUGCUGGACAAGUCAUCGAAUCUGCUGGAGGAAAGCCGCCAGGAAGCCGGUCCUACGUCGACGAACGUUUAGCCGGCUGGUCGGAUGGUGGUGAUUCCAGAAGACGACGGAUGCCGUCAUGCCAUACGCAAUUUCCGUUUCCUCCUGAAGAUUUUAUUUUAGCAGCCGUUUCCUGCUUUCGAAAGAGCUGUGUUUCUCUGCAACAAUCAAACAACAUCAUUCCCCGUGAGCGCGCGUCCCGGUGAUUUAUUUUGUUUUGGUUUCCUCCGUAUAUUUACCUAAGUUUGGUUUUUUUAAUAAAAUAAUUUUGGAAAAAAAAUAACACGCAAAGAAAGGUUUCACAAGUCGGUAGGAACGUUCUGCUCCUCGGCGGACGGGGUAAACAGUAGAGUAAUUACGUAUUUAGAACCAAUAGGAAUCCGAGACUGCAUUUUUUCUGUGUUAAGAGCAUUUUUGGUAGUUUGGCGACAGGCAGGAAUGAUAUUUUUUUGUUUGUAUUUCGAUUCGAAGUUAUUAGAUAGGAAGCAGCGAUAUUUGGAGAUGGAAGGCGUUUGAAAUCUUCUAGAGCAGAAGUUUUAGUGCAGUCGUGUAUGCUUUUUAAGAGGUUGCAGCUCCGUAACGUUACGGGAUGUAAGAUCUACCACCGAUUCCUAGUCUUGACUACUUCAAACUAGGUGAUCAGGAUUUUUCAGUUUUCAAAGGAACAAAUUUUAAUCCUUGUUACUUUUUAUGUUUUGUGAAAAGUGAUAUGUCUUCGAAUUGCCUGGACCGAGGAUAAUCUUGGAACAAGGAAAAUGGAGUUAGUCUUCAUCUAUGUGAUUCCUAAUCUUCUAUUCGUUGUUUCCUAGUUUGAAGUGGUUGAAACUAGGGUUCUGAUCACAGAACAGAAGGGGAAGUGUAAACAAAUAUCAAAAAGUGGUACGAUUUCCUGCUCAACAAACGAUGCGUUGUGGAGGUGUUCUACACGGAUUUUCUAUGCGCACUCACACUAUUAUAGAGAUUAGUGAC